AUGAUUUUAAAAAAAAAAAAAUUCAUUAUAUUAAUACUUUUCCAUUUAUUUAAUGUAUGUUUUUAUUGUGAAGAAAAAAAAGAAUUUAUAAAAUUCUUUAAUGCAGAUUCUUCAGAAUUUUCAAAAAGAAAAUUAUUCUUUAAACCAUUUAUAGGACAAAAUGAAAUUUUUAGUAAAUUAUUUUUAAAAAAUAAUUCUAAUUAUUUAUUAGAUGAUGAGCUAAAAUUUUCUAAAAAUCCCAUAAUAAUAAAUGAAAGAAAUAGGAUAAAUUUUGGUAAUAUACAAUUAAAAAAAAAAAGUAUUUUUAGAAUUGUGAAAGAAUAUAAAGACAAUAUAUAUUCUUAUGUUCCGAUUGAUGAAAAGAAAAAAAAAGAAUUCAAUAGUUUAGAAAAAAUAAAUUCUUACAAAAAUAUAAGGUCUAGGAAUAUAUUUAAAAAUGAUAAACAACUAGAAUCAUUACAAUUAAAAAAUAAAAAUAAAGAAUGUGAUUUUUCUUUAAAAAAAGAAAAUAAUAAUAGCAAUGAUAUUAAUGAAAACAAGGUUCCUAGAUUUAAUGAAAUGAUAAAUAAAGAAAUGGUUGAUAAUUUUAAAGAUAUUUGUAAUAAGGUUUAUAAAAAGACUUUUGAUUUGAAAAAUAGUUUUAAAGUUCACAAUUCAAGUAUUUUAACUUUAUAUAAAAAUCUUUUAGAAAAUAAAGAUAAAAAAUAUGACUUACUUGGAUAUGGUGAAAUGAAGGAUGUAUCUGCAUAUGCUUUAAAUUAUUCGUUAAAUGAUAUUGAAAGUAUUAAAAAGUGGAAUAAAAAUAUUAAAAAAUUAAAUUAUUUAAACAUAAGUAAAGCUAUGUUGUUAAAAAAAAGAAAUAAUGCAGAAAUGCUAAAUAUUAAUAAAUACAUAGUAAAUAAUGAGAAUGAUCUAUCAAAUGAUAAAAAAAAUAUUCUUUAUUUGGUGAAUAGUCUACCUUGGCCAUUUAAAAGUCAUGAUGUUAUAUAUGAAGCUUACCAAAAUUAUGAUGAACAUCAAAACAUGUUUAUUAUUGUAAAUAAAUCAAUUAAUGAUAUAUUUAACCAAAAUGAAAAUUUUUCAAGAAUUAAAAAUUAUGAGAAUUUUUUUUGCAUAUACCCAAAAAGUAAGGAUUUUUUUGAAAAAGGUUUAGAUUAUGUUAUUUCAUUAUAUUACAAUGCUAGCAUACCCAAAAUUAUUCAAAAUAAUUUAUUUAGUCAUUUAUUUCCUUCUCUCAUUUAUAAUUUAUAUAACUAUUCGCAAAAAGAAACUAUUAAAAAAAAAGAUAUUAGUCAUGAAGACAAAAUGAAACUGUUAACACCUAAUGAUUUAAAAAAUUGCGAAAAAGAUAAUAAUAAAAAAAGAGAAAUAAAAGAUAAAAAAUAUAAUGAAAAAUUAGAUAUAAAAUCUAAUUAUUUUAAUACAAAAUCGUUCAAAUUUUUAUUCAUUGAUAAAGUAAACUCCAUGUGGAGAGCAAAGAAAAAAUUUUUAAAAAAAUUAUUUUUUUAUUUGUAUCAUUUAUUUUGA